UCCACCAUGAGCCUCCCCUCCAGACCCAUGCUGGGGGACGAGGUCUGCGAGGACAGCACCUCUCUGGUGUCUCUGGACUCCAGCGUUUUCUUCAGUGAGAAGUCCAGCUUCAGAGACACGCUCGGUGUCUUCAUCAUCAACGUGGGGGGAAGUCGGUACAUGCUGUCUCAGGAGCUGCUGGUGUCCCAUCCAGAGACCCGGCUGGGACAACUGGUCCUCUGCAGCCGAGACUCGGCCCUGGAGCUCUGUGAUGACGCAGACUUCCUGAAAAAUGAGUUCUUCUUCGACAGAAACUCACAAACAUUCCAGUAUGUGAUGAACUUCUACAAGACGGGUCACCUUCAUGUCAUGGAGGAGCUGUGUGAAGUCUCCUUCCUGCAGGAGAUUGAGUACUGGGGCAUCGAGGAGGUCUGCAUCAAGUCCUGCUGCAGGGAGCGUUACUACCGGCGCAAAGAGCAAAAGGAGUCUCUUGAUGUGCACAGAGAGUUCCAGGCUGAUGAUGAAGAAGAGGACUUCAUGGGUGUCUCCUGCCCAGCUCUUCGACGGCUCUUUUGGGACCUUCUUGAGAAACCAGAAUCAUCCCGAGCAGCUCGGACCUUCUGCACACUCUCAGUCAUUUUUGUGGUGGUGUCAGUUAUCAACAUGGUGCUCAUCUCACUGGACCUAGAGGAAGACUUUGGCAUGAGCUGGCUGGGGGUGGGGGUGCCGCUUGUGUUGGAUGGCGUGGAGUACGUGUGCAUCGUGUGGUUCACAGUCGAGCUGGCACUUCGGUUCCUGUGUGUCAGAGAUAAGUGCCGUUUCAGUCGAAGGAUUCCCAAUGUGAUCGACCUGCUGGCCAUCUUGCCGUUCUACAUGACGCUGGCCGUAGAGAGUCUCCACAGUGGAUCCACCAAGCUGGAGAACAUGGGCCGGGUGGUGCAGGUUCUCCGCCUCCUGAGGACACUGCGCAUGCUGAAGCUUGGCAGACACCUGACAGGUAAACCCAGAUCUAUCAGCACUCCUGAUGUUAAACCUGAUGUGUCCAGUCAGCGACUGACCAGUCAGCCACUGACUGGUCAGUCGCUGACUGGUCAGAGGCUGACUGCUCAGUGGCUGACUGGUCAGAGGCUGACUGCUCAGUGGCUGACUGCUCAGAGGCUGACUGCUCAGUGGCUGACUGGUCAGUGGCUGACUGGUCAGCGACCUCAGUUUGUCCUGAAGUGA